ACAGCCCCAACGAUUCCAUCGAGUUGCGGUGGCAGACCAAGCAAUUUCAAUUUAACCCCCAAAAGUUAGGGUUUUGUUCGGUGACAAUUACAAAAUAAGAUAAAUAUAAGCGGGGUAUAACAGAAAUUUGAACGCAAUAUAACCAGAAAGCAUGAAGUUUUACCCGCCAAGCUUCUCCAAAGCCCCAGUCAAGUUCAGAAUGCCAACUGCGGACAACCUUGUUCCUAUCCGUUUAGAUAUGGAGCUUGAUGGACAACGAUUAAAAGAUGCUUUCACAUGGAAUAUCAACGAUCCUGAUUCAGAAGUUAUCAACUUUUCAAGGAGGACAGUGAAGGAUCUGAAGCUACCUCCGGCUUUUAUGACUCAAAUUACGCAAUCAAUUCAAUCACAGCUUGCUGAAUUUCGAUCUUAUCAGGGGCAAGAUAUGCAAGCCAAAGAGAUGAUUGUACCCCUCAAGCUCGAUGUUCGAGUAAAUAAUACUGUAAUAAGAGAUCAGUUCUUGUGGGACAUAAGCAAUUUUGAGAAAGACCCUGAAGAAUUUGCAAAAAGCUUAUGCGAAGAUUUGAAUAUUGAAGAUCCUGAAGUUGCGCCAGCAGUUGCAGUGUCAAUCAGAGAGCAAUUAUACGAGCUUGCUGUUCAAAAUGUUUCUUCAGCAAAAGAAUAUAGAAUUGGCAAAAAAGGUAGACGAGGAGUAGAAAGUGUUUCGAGCAGUAAAGCAGGUAAUGGAGCCAUAGACCUGGCAAGGUUGUUUGGGAAUAAAGGAAGUGUGAUUCGCAAGAGAAAAGAGUGGCACCUGUAUGAACCCAUUGUCGAUGUUCUAUCAAAAGAGGAAGCAGAAGCUCUUGAUGCAAGAGAAGAACGAAAUGCUCGUAUGAAGAAAAAGCUCGAGGACAAGGAAGAUAGCUUCCAGACCCACUGAUUCUGUGACAUGGCAAUUCUCAGGGGAUUUUACUUCAGCAAAAGAAGCAAAAGAUCAAUUAUCAACAGCAAGCUUGUAAACUCAUGAUGUUUCUGUUUGAACUACAUUCUCUGUCAACUUCUGAAGCAAACAUUGUACAAUGAACAAAACCUUUUCUGCCCAAUUGAGCAUUUGCCAGAAAAUAGCAUUAUGACCAUUUGCAAAGAAGCCAAUAUGCUACAAUAAAUUUGGGUUUGUUUUAUCA